AUGGACGUUGGUUCUGUCUUGCUCAAUUCCUUGGCAGCAGACAAUGCUACUCGUAUUGCUGCUGAACAACAGCUUACCCAAGCUGCUGAAGCCAACUUUUCAGGAUAUCUUGUCACACUCGUAGAGCAGUUGGCAAAUGAAGAAUCACAGGGUUCCAUUCGAGCUGCUGCUGGUAUCGCCCUUAAGAACGCCUUCACAGCCCGCGAAUAUGCUCUGCAACGAGAAUUACAAGAUAAAUGGCUACAGGUCGACCCAGAUACCAGGAAGCGUGUGAAGGAUCUGACCCUUCAAGCUUUAUCCUCAAACAACAACCAAGCCGGUCAAACAGCUGCGCAAGUCAUAUCCUCGAUAGCAACCAUCGAACUGCCUAGAGAUCAAUGGCCAGAGCUUAUGCCCGCCUUGGUGCGAAAUGUGGGUGAGGGUACCGAUCAUCUUAAGCAGGCUUCCUUGACUACUCUCGGAUUCAUUUGCGAAACUCAAGAUGCGGAAUUAAGACAGAGUCUCGUACAACAUUCCAAUGCUAUCUUAACAGCAGUCGUCCAAGGUGCCCGAAAGGAAGAAGCAAAUUUGGAAGUACGACUAGCAGCUAUCGAUGCUCUUGGCAACUCAUUGGAGUUUGUGGAUAGCAACUUCAAGAAUGAAGGCGAGCGAAAUUACAUUAUGCAGGUUAUCUGCGAGGCCACACAAGCAACCGACUCUAGGAUACAACAGGGAGCUUUUGGAUGUCUGAACAGGAUUAUGUCAUUGUAUUAUGACUUGAUGCGCUUCUACAUGGAGAAGGCUCUCUUCGGACUCACAAUCAUGGGAAUGAAAAGCGAAGAGGAAGAUGUGGCCAAGCUUGCUGUCGAAUUCUGGAGCACAGUAUGCGAAGAGGAAAUCGCCAUUGAAGAUGACAAUGCUCAGGUCGAAGAGGUUUCUUUGAUGCGUCCGUUCUACAAUUUCAGCAAGGUUGCAACUAAUGAGGUUGUCCCUGUUCUCUUGAUGCUUUUGACAAAGCAAGACGAGGAUGCUGCUGAUGAUGAAUAUAACAUCUCCCGUGCCGCAUACCAAUGUUUACAACUUUACGCACAAGCUGUUGGUGGUUUGAUCAUUCAACCAGUUUUGAGCUUCGUUGAACAAAAGCUUCGUGGAGAGGAUUGGCACGAUCGUGAUGCUGCUGUCUCCGCCUUUGGUGCCAUCAUGGAAGGGCCGGAUGAAAAGACACUCGAGCCAAUCGUCAAGCAAGCACUGCCAGUCAUCAUCAGCAUGAUGGAGGACAAAUCUAUUCACGUCAAGGACUCGGCAGCUUAUGCUCUUGGUCGUAUCACUGAAGCUUGCUCAGAGGCUAUCGAUCCAACCAACCAUUUACCAAAAUUGAUUGCAUCCUUGUUCGAAGGUCUUAUCAGCAGUCCUAAGAUGGCAGGUUCGUGCUGUUGGGCAUUGAUGAACCUUGCUGAGCGCUUCUCCGGGGAUAUUGGAUGCCAGGAGAACCCUAUCUCUCCUCACUUCAAUGAGAGCAUCUCCAGACUUCUUCAAGUUACUGAGAGAACCGACGCCGACAACGCUUUGAGAACCGCUGCAUACGAAGUUCUCAAUACCUUCGUCAUGAAUGCUGCAAAUGAUAGUCUUCCAUCCGUUGGUCAACUCUCCGAGGUCAUCAUCAAGAGAUUGGAAAACACUCUUCCUCUUCAAUCUCAAGUAGUCAGUGUUGAAGACAGAAUCACUCUCGAGGAGAUGCAAGUCAGCUUGUGCACUGUCUUGUUGGCCAUCAUUCAACGUCUCGAGAAGGAGGUCACUCCUCAAGCUGACAGAAUCAUGACUGUCUUGCUUCAAAUCCUCACCGCAGCCACACCUAAAUCGAUUGUGCCUGAUGCGGUUUUCGCCACUGUCAGCAGUUUUGGCCCAAUGCACUCGAAGAAGGUUUCGCCAAUUACAUGGAGCACUUUGCUCCCUUCCUUUACAAUGCUCUCGGUAACCAGGAGGAGCCAAAGUACAGCACUCGCCAACCAAUUCAAGCCUGCCAUCCUUCAAUGUUUUGGAGAUAUCGCAGGUGCUAUUGGUGGUCACUUUGAGACAUACUUGUCUGUUGUUGCUCAAGUUCUUCAACAGGCUGCCAAUGUUCAAGCUAGCCCCGACGGAACAUACGAGAUGUUCGAUUAUGUCAUCUCUUUGAAGAGAAGGCUAUGGGUGUUAUUGGUGAUCUUUGCCGAUGCUUUCCCAAUGGAGAAUAUUGCCUCAACCAUCGAUACCGCACGUUGGGCUCGUGAGCAAGUUAAGCGCCAAACAGGUGGUAGCUCAGGGACCAUUCAAACUUGA